AUGCUGCCCAUCACGGAGGAGCCGUCCUUCUGUGUCCCCACCGCCGCGCUCAUCGAGACGGCGCGGCGCAGCUGGGACGCGCUCUUCCCUGGCGAGGAGGUGCCGCAGUUUGACACAGAGGAGGCGUUCCUCGCUUGGGCCAACUCGGCGCAACUUGGGUCGGGCCACUCUCCGCCGCCGCCUGUCUUCCUGGCUGAGGCCGCACCGCAGCCUGCGCCGCGCCCUCGGGGCAGUGCGGCGGCGCAGCCGCCCGACGCGCGCGCCACCGUGCGGGUGGAAGACGCUAGCGGCAUGUCGUGGGAGCACGGGAGCGUCGCACGCGCGAAGACCAUCGGUGACCUGGCGCCAACAUUGCACCGCUUGAAGAGCGUCGGCGGGAGCAGCUCUCGUCAUGUGCUGCCGGCCAGCGCCUCGGUCGGCGCGGCGGCCCAUCAUCUCCUCAGCGAGCGGCUGUCCUUCUCUCUCAUUCUGCGCUCGGAUGAGUCGCUCCUCGGCAUGGUGACGGAGCGCGACUUGCUGCGGUACGCCACGCAGGCGGGCGACCUGUCUGGCCGCACCUCGUCCCCGCGUGCGUACCGCGUCUCGAAGCCGCUGCCGAGCAAACCGGCGGUGGUGGAGUGGAUGACGCCAGCAGAUCGCGCGCUGACAGUUCGGCUCGACGACACGCUCGAGCACGCCGUCUCGCUGGUGCGGCGUGGGAUCUGGAGGCACCUCCCGGUCGUCGACUACUACGGCCGGAUCCACUCCAUCCUGGACGUGCGAGACGCGGUCGAGGUCGUGUUCGGCGCGCGCGGGCUCGACGCGUGGCGCGGCAAGACGGCAGCCGACGUGCUCGGCCACAAGCGGAAGCGCAAGCUGGCAUGGCCGCCGCCCGGGGUCCCCUUCGAGGGGUGGCAGCAGCUCGAGGGCUACUUGCUGCACUCCGCCGCGCAGCACACGGUGUCGAGCGCGGCGAGCGUCGAGGAGGCGGCGCAGCAGAUGCGCUCAUUCCUGUCGUACUGCGCUGAGCCGCCGGGCUCUGGCCUCUCGCUGGUGGAACGGAGGGCGGCGCCAGGGUCGGGCCGCAGCGUGGCGUCCAUCAUGGCGCCGCUCGAGGGGGUGCUGCACGUGUCGAUCAACGCCUCCGUCGGGGACAUCGUCGACCUCUUUUUCGCGCACAACAUGCGCCACCUUCCAGUCAUCGACCGGGGGAGGCUGCUCGGGAUAAUCUCCGCACGCGACCUCCUCCUGCCUCUGCUGUGA